AUGGCCCUGGAUAAACUUCAACGAGGCCAUGAGCGGAUAAGGAGCCGGCCUGCGACUGCGACGGGGGACAAGGCCAUUGCGAAGAAGAGAUCGAGCUUGGGGCGGGCGGCUGGGGGGUUCCAGAGCAGGCUGCUCGCAUCGCUUAGGAGCAGAAGGAAGAGUGGUACAGGCGAGGAGCUGGCGCCGAGCCCAACGAGUCCUUUUCUGGAGGCCUUGUUCAGACUACCAGAUGAGCUUCACAUAUACAUGCUGCGCGAGCUAUGUGUUGCCGACUUGCUUGCUUUGAGGAGAACAUGCCGUGUGCUCAACAUGCUCGUCACGGAGAAUGCGCCUGCGCUUGUGCGCUACUGUAUCAAACAGCGGAUGGGUAAUCUACAUUUGCAGUUGUAUCCAGCCCCCAGCCCUAAUGCAAUGGACUUUCCGUUUCUACUCACCAUGAGACGGCGACACAUUGCCUCAAUCAGGUUGACCCGGCAGCUUGCCGAUCACCUUGUGGGCGACCCCGUGGAACAAGUGUGCCCACGCCAAAAGCAGCUAUGGUCAUCCGUGUACGAAAGGAUGCUUCCCCUGGUCUUUGGGGUGGGAUACUUCCUAGAUGAACAUCGGCGGCUCCUCUUGGAGAGGGAUCUCGGGCACAUCCGACCGCGCUCGCGUAUUGGCUAUCACGUCCGUACGACGAGUGGAAUCACAGCCCAGGAACGGAACAUCAUGAAGAACCUUGAUGCACCACUCCGCCUACAGUACUUUUACAUGUACUGCUUCAUCGUGCAGGUACUACUGUGGAAGCUGCGGCCAUGCAGUAGCGCUGGAGCGGUGGAAAAGUUCCUACGUGGCUGGUCCAACCAGCCUGCCUGUGCGGAGGACAUGUCCUUCUUUUUGAUACUAGGUGGCAUUGGACGAGUUGCCAAGCUCUUUGCCUGUUCGACAUACGGCGAGCGGAGAAAAUAUCUUUUGACGUACAGAACGCACAUGUCACCGCACACGAGCAAAUGCUGGAGACGACACUGGAAGGACGCUGGCGUGGUUUCGCCUGCACUGCUGGACGAUAUCCCUUGUACGCAGAUUGGUAUCACGCAGCUCGACCAAAUCUGGGCUCCGCUGAUAGCUCAGAUGAUGGGGCCAGGCAAGAGAGAUUUUACUGAGCAGGAAAAGAUACGGUACGAAGAGUUGAACAUGUCCAAGAAGUUUAUCAACGAAGUGAUGGGGUAUGAUGUUCUGCAAGGCCGGGCAGCGCACGGGGGCAGGUCUGACGACGAACAUGAGUUGUAA